CCGAGUCCUUGAGAUUGAGAUGUAUACGUGAGAAAAAAUAAUUACACCAGAGAAAGAUUGUUAGUAUUACGCGAGUCCAGCUCAAUGUUCCUCUAUUGAUCUUUUUACCCUGGUCUAUAAGCUACGAUGUGAGAUACCUAUAUCUUGUAUUCGCUUCUAUCCCGACUGCCGCAAUGGGGAUCCUCGGAUGCUCUACUUCUGCUCCUCCACUCAUCCACUUUGCUCCCAAAACCGCACAAAUACCGCUGAAAAAGUCGAAUACUCAAGAAGAAUCUUCAGACUCUUUGCGUAAUCUGGUUCAAGAUAAAUGUCCGAGUCUCUUCACGCCUUUUGAACCGACUUGGUGGCUUAACAACGGCCAUAUACAGACAACGUAUUCUGUUUUCGCGGAUAUCUCGCAGGUGGACAGCGUCUGGUAUCGGAGGCAGAAUCUCCGGCUUGUAGACGGUGGUACAUUAGGACUUGACUUUGCGCCCAUAGACGACUCGGCGCUGAGAGAUGAUACACCCAUCGUUGUUAUCCUUCAUGGCUUAACCGGAGGUUCCUAUGAACCUUACAUUAAAUCUAUAUUGACACAUGUCAUAAAACCUGUAGACAAGGGUGGAUUGGGUUAUCGAGCGGUCAUUCCUCAUUCUCGUGGAUGCGGAGGUGUACCUAUCACAAGCACCAAGUUCUAUUCCGCAGGUGGAACGGACGACUUUCGACAAGCGUUGAUUUACAUCUCCCAUAGAUAUCCUCGGGCAAUCCUUCUUGGGCUUGGGUUCUCGCUUGGAUCGAACAUCAUGACCCGGUACAUAGCACAAGAAGGAGAAAAGUGUCGGCUUAGUUCAGCUUGUGUGCUUGCGAAUCCUUGGGACCUUGCGGCCAACAGCGAUAUUCUCUCCGGAACAAUCAUAGGCCGAAACGUCUACAACAACGCACUGGGGACUAAUCUCAUGAAUGUCGCUAAGCAGCACCACAAAGCUCUAAUGGCGGAUCGGUCCCUCCCAAUCGCCAAAGCCCUCGAACCACUGAUGUCUGUUGCUCAAAUGACGUUGACCAAUUUCGACAAAGUAUUCCUAUCUCAAGUCGGUGGUCCACCGCCGCAAUUUCCAUACGCGACGGUGAACGAGUACUAUAACGCCAUGUCAAGCCACGAGUGUGUCGGAGGCAUUACCAUCCCCUACCUCGCUAUCAACUCUGCGGAUGAUCCUGUAGUGCAGUACGUUCCGAUGCAUGGGGCAGGAAACGGAUUCGCGGUCAUGGUGUUGACGUCGGGCGGAGGACAUUUGGGUUGGUUCAAUGAUAGUUCGGGGAAGGAUCGGUGGACGACAAAGCCUGUUCUUGAGUGGUUACAGUUGAUGGGCGAGGGUGUCGUGUGCCAGGCCGGUGGUGAAAGAGGGCACAAAAUAAUUUUAUGGGAGGACGGGUUUCUGAGGAAUGAAGGUGGUAAUGAUGAUUUGGGUUGCAUGGAAUGCGAAGGGGGUGGUUUGAUCAAUGGGAAUGCUGGUGUUGAGGGUGUAUGUAAUGUAUAGAGGCUAUUUAGAUCCCUUCAAGUUUUACAUAGAACCCAUGUCUUCGCUGUGGUGGCUCACUUUGCUUUCACCGUGUGCUACAGCAGGGCUCACAGCAUGUUGAGCACAAGCCCCCAAACCUCCGUUGGUAAAUGCCUUAUGAGAGCUGGAAGGAGAUCUCAAAGUCGGCGAGAGCACAUUUGUAGGCGUUGUCCUUGGAGGCAGCUAACCCUGUGGACUCCUGCUCAUAGCCGCUCACCCUUAACGAUAUAUCAGGAUCGCCCCGAGGGUCUGACAUUGGGGUGGCCCAAUUGUUUGGUUGUGUUCCAUUCAAGUUCUCCAAGCACGCCAUGGCGCCGAACUCAUAAUUCCGAGUCGCGUUCCGCGAGGAACCCGUGAGCUACUGCCCUCUACCUACUGCCCUCUACCUACUGCCCUC